AAAAAUGUGGACGUAACUGUAACCACUACAGGGGACGGUCUCGCUCCCUCUCCCUCUCCCUCCAGUGGUGAAACUGUUUAGUAAAUCUGUGGCGUGUGUGUGCAUGUGUGUGUUUAGUAAGUUGUUGUGUUAUUGAGGAAUGGGUGAAAUGAAAAGAGCCACGGUCCGGGUCGCAGGCGGCAGUUUCUCAGCCGGUGUUAACGUUUUGUAGCCGACGUUCAUUGGCACUUGACGAACUUCACCACCAGCAGUAACUUUUAAACUGGUUUUGAGUUAUGACGUCGUCAGAGGGGAAAUAUGCAGACACUGUGCAGGACCCUCUGUUCAUUCGGGAGAGUGAGGAAGUGUACAGAAACCCCACUGAAGUGAAGAUGAGUCAGAUCGUGCUGCCAUGCCAUGCCAACCACUGUGGAGAGCUGAGUGUUGGACAGCUGCUGAAGUGGAUGGACUCCACAGCAUGCUUGUCUGCUGAGAGACACGCAGGGUGUUCCUGUAUCACUGCAUCUGUGGACGACAUCCAUUUUGAACACACCAUAGGGGUGGGAAAGGUAGUCAACAUCAUAGCCAAUGUCAACAGAGCCUUCACGUCCAGUAUGGAGGUGGGUAUAUUGGUGACUUGUGAGGACCUUUACACUGACAGGCAGUGGAAGGUUUGCCAUGCCUUUGCUACCUUUGUUGCCAGACGAACGGAAGCUGGAAAGGUACAGCUGAAGCAGGUGAUUCCUCGCACACAAAUGGAGCAGAUGGAGUACAGCCUGGCAGCAGAGCGGAGGAGGAUGAGGCUCAUCCAUGCUGAGAUCAUUACAGACCUACUAAACAGCAGCGCAGCUCAACUGGGAGAAUGCCAGGAGUAUCAGGACGCUGUGCCAGCCGAGCGGACACGAGUGGAGAGUGUGGAGCUGGUGCUACCUCCACAUGCCAACCACCAAGUCAGCACGUUUGGGGGCCAGAUCAUGGCCUGGAUGGAGAAUGUGGCUACAAUUGCAGCAAGUCGCUUGUGUAACGCUCACCCAACCCUGAGGACCAUAGACAUGUUCCAUUUUCGUGGCCCGUCUCAUAUUGGUGACCGACUGGUACUGAAAGCCAUUGUUAACAAUUCCUUUAAACAUAGCAUGGAAGUGGGAGUGUGUGCUGAGGCCUACCAGGGAGGAGAACCUCUGCGCCAUAUAAAUAGUGCUUUUAUGACCUUCGAGGUGCUGGACAGUGACAGGAAACCAAGCACAGUGCCACGGAUACGACCUGAGCCUGUGGAUGGAAAAAGACGUUAUCAGGAAGCUAUUGCCAGAAGGAAGAUUCGCCUUGAUAGGAAAUACAUUAUCUCCUGCAAGCAAACUCAAGUGCCUCUGUCUGUACCCUGGGAUCCAAGUAACCAGAUGUACCUGAGCUACAAUAAUGUAUCAGCGCUGAAACUAAUGGAUACCAGAAACAACUGGGUAUUAACUUCUGAGAAAAACAAGGUCAGACUGUACACACUGGAGGAAAACCACGUGCUGUGUUUCAAGGUGGAGAUGCACGUCAGCGUACCAGCAGAGCAGACGUUCCACCUACUGUCAGACCUGAGGAGGAGAAAGGAGUGGGACCGGCACUAUGAGGAGUGUGAGGUGAUCAACCAUGCAGAUGAGGAUGACACCCUUUAUCGCAUAGCUACACCGUCUGUCAGUAAAGGUGGCAAAUGCAAGGACUUUAUCUUGCUGGCAUCUAGGAGGAAGCCAUGUGAUGCCAGGGACCCAUAUCUGAUCGCUUUGCGCUCUGUCACUUUGCCCACUCACCCUCCUACUGAGGACUGCACCAGGGGAGAGGUGCUCUGUGCUGGCUUCACAAUCUGGGAAGAGUCCUGUACUGUCACCAAGGUUGGCCAAAUGAGAGGGGCACGCAGUUCUGCAUGCAUGCUUGCUAUGACUAUAUCACCUACUACAACCAGGCCACACCAGGUGUCCUCCCCUACAUCUCCACAGACAUCGCUGGCCUCUCAUCCAGCUUUUAUAGCGCCUUUUCUGCCUGUAGCCACUUCCUGGAGGCCAACAAGGACAGCCUGGCGGCUCUGCCACCCUCUGCACUGUGACACAACAGUGCUGCCAUGGCCUCCCUACAAGAGUAGGAGGGAUUAGGAUCAUCUCCCUGUCUUCAUCCUAUUUCACCUCUGUUGUGUGGAGGUGCUGUGCUCUUGAAGAAGCCAUAGCUGAAUGUAAGUGUCCCACCCUGAGAUUACAGACUUCUUUGCAUUGACUUUGUAGUUUGUUUGGGUUUUUUUCAAAUCUUUAACCCUAAGUUCUCACUGUAUGACUCAUUCUGAAAAUAAGAAAAAAAUCUCUUUAAACAGGAUAAAGAAAUACACUGUAUGUUUUUUUGUUUUUGUUUUUUUUAAGAACUUGCUACAUGUUUUUAGCAAGAUUAAUAGGUAUGAAGGAAAAAUGCACAAUUUUUCUGAGUCUGUCUUGGAUUUUAAGCCUGCACGUUUUAUUAGAGCUGCUAUAUUAUGGAAAACAUCUAUGCUAUAGUAAUUUAUAGAUCAAUGAAUCAUAUUUUGGUACAUAAGUGUUUAACACAAUCUAAACUAUCUAUUAUCUUGACACAGCCAUAUUUUUAAUGGUAUAGCCAGAAACUAACAUGAGGAUAAAACAAGUCUAUGCUGAGAUGUUUGAAUCGGCCUCUUUAGUUAUAGUUUAUUUUCUACCUCCUAAAUAAAGUUUUUAAACUAUUUGAUUAAGACUUAAAAUAAAAAUGAGCCAAGAUGUACUUUUAGUGUGUAACGAUGCUGUUUUAUUUUGAGACAAGUUGUAUAGUUUUAGAGGACAACUCUUGCACUGAUUGUAUAACAUGUUGACAUUCAAUGGCAUUUCACAGGACAAGCUGUUUUCUUGAUUGAACUGAAACAAUAAACACAAUAGACCAGUG